CACACGUGCCCAAGGCCGGGAAGAGCGAGGCCCGCUGCGGGGCCGAGGAGCGGCCUGCCGGUCACGGGGACGGCCAUGUUCUUUCCCGCAGUGCUGUAUCCUCGGUCUUUGCCGGCCGGAGCGGCGGGGGAUGAGCCUCAGCGGAGAAAGACCCGCCCUUGUUUAGACCCCCAAGAAACGUGGAGCCUUAGUCUCCUGGCUUGGAGGUCUGUCAGGCGGCUCUCUCCUCCCAGCAGCCUGUGGACACUGAGGCGAUGCAUCUCAGCAGCUCCAAGGGCAGAGUAGUCCUGGCUCCAGUGUCCCGAGGUCCUGAUGUCCGUCAGACGACAAGAGCUCAGCUUGGCCAGGACCCCCCACAAAGAACAGUGCUAGGGGUGCUAACUGAGAAUGGACAGUUCAGGAAGACCUGUGACCAGGGGAUCACAACAGUUAGGUGUUUCUCUGGAUCAGAAAAUGUCUUCCCUCAAGCUGGAAAGAAAGCACUCUCUGACUGUGGGGUCCACAUGCCAGCAAAGCAAGGAUUUGAUAUCUACAUGGAUGAACCUGAGCAAGAGGACAAAAACAGCUGCAGUGGGAAAGAGGGGAUGGCAUUUGAAGAUAUGUAUGAAGUAGACACUAGCACACUCAAGUCUGACCUUCACUUCCUGCUGGAUUUUAGCACAGUUUCCCCUAUGCUGGUAGAGUCAUCUCUUCAUGCUCAGUCUGAAGAUGCAUCAGAUUUUGGUACAGACAUGAUAAAUGUGACUGAAUAUGCUGAAGAAAUUCAUCAGUACCUUAGAGAAGCUGAAAUACGAUACAGGCCCAAAGCCCACUACCUAAGGAAACAACCAGACAUCACAGAAGGCAUGCGAAGGAUUCUGGUGGACUGGCUGGUUGAGGUUGGAGAAGAAUAUAAGCUUCGAGCUGAGACUCUCUACUUGGCUGUCAACUUCCUAGAUAGGUUUCUUUCGUGCAUGUCUGUUUUGAGAGGGAAAUUGCAGCUUGUAGGUACAGCAGCUAUUCUUCUGGCUUCGAAAUAUGAAGAAAUAUACCCACCUGAAGUAGACGAGUUUGUCUAUAUAACUGAUGAUACUUACACAAAACGACAACUGUUAAGAAUGGAACACCUACUCCUGAAAGUCCUAGCUUUUGAUCUGACAGUGCCAACUACCAAUCAGUUUCUCCUUCAGUACCUAAAGAGACAAGGAGUGUGCAUCAUAACUGAGAACCUGGCCAAGUAUGUAGCGGAACUGAGUCUACUUGAAGCUGACCCAUUCUUGAAAUAUCUUCCUUCAUUGAUAGCUGCAGCAGCUUAUUGCCUGGCAAACUAUACCGUGAACAGGCAUUUCUGGCCAGAAACCCUUGCUGCAUUUACAGGAUAUUCAUUAAGUGAAAUUGUGCCUUGCCUGAGUGAGCUACAUAAAGCAUGCCUUGAUAUACCCCAUCGACCUCAGCAAGCAAUUAGGGAGAAGUACAAGACUUCAAAGUACAUGCAUGUGUCUCUCAUGGAACCACCUGCAGUUCUUCCUCUGCAAUAAGUUUCACAACUGAAGCACUUUCAGAACUUAACCUCCAGAUCAAUAAGAUUGGUCCUCAUUUUUAUAGGUUUCUGCAGGUUGAAUCAUCUAGUGUUGGUACAAUAUAGAUGACAUAUUUUUAAAAAUAUGAAUGUAUUUAGGUUCUCUUAGAUUUAGUAGUUUGUAAAAUAGUCUAACAUUUUGAAAGAAUAAACAACUUGCCUUAUG